CUCCGCGUCUUCGAAAUCCCAUUAGAUUCCGUAAGCCUGCCAUACUGCGAAAGAAUCCCACAACACGUGACCCGCACUCCAGCACGCACGCGCUUCUACACCGAAUGCUGGACGGGCCCAUCGUACGGUCCGAUUGGCACGGAAAAGAGACUAGCCACCAAGAUGUAUAAGAGCGAGGUUGAUCUGGAAGUCACUUGUGUGGUACCGAAUGCGCCGUUUCGAGGCUCGGAUCCGCUGGAGAAUGGGACAACAACUUGGUAUAAGACAGCCGGUAACUGCUUCGUCUACGGAGCUUCUCUCUAUCCCAUUGCUGGCGCCGAAACAAUCGAAGACUGCGGCCCAGUCCUCGAAACCAUAGAGCCAGAGUGGCACCUCCCCGAUCCAGAAAAUUCCACCGUCGCAUCCACAGGAACCUCCUGGGAAGGCGCUCGCCCCGAGAACGAGACAGUAGAAAGCAACCCAGGCAGCAACGACGUAGAAAAACGCUCGUCGUUGGAGCGCCGCUGGUUGUGGCCUACCAUCAUCAAGGAAGACUACCCUGUCAACUGCACGACUGGAUCGUCGUUCUAUAAUCGAUGGACCAAUGUCACACACGUCUACCACCAAAACGACACCGUGAAUAUCCAGUGCGCUGUAAAAGACUACGACGACCUCAGUUUCACGAUUAUGUUGUUCACUACAGAUUUCUGCUAUAUCAGAGACUACGAAGUUAAACCAAACCUCGUAAGUGCGAUCACGAGGUCGGAUCGGUAUCCAGCGUGUGGGGCUUAUGUGGAUGAGGUUGCGUGA